AAAAAACGUUUUGCAACGUUUUGUCAGGGCUGAACGCAGCCCUGCUCUCGUUCAGCUUCAUGGCUAAAGUAGCGACUCGCGUCCAAGUCAUUACUGUAGCCCCCUCUUUUGGUGAAAAUAAGCACUAUACAAUUGCUCUAACUGGAUUUGCAGUGCUUUUCCGGGUGUUUUGUACAUACUGUCAAACGGCUCCAGUUGGGGACAGGACAACAAAAACCGGGAUUAUCCCGAGAAAACGGUCACCAACGUCUAGUCACCCUAGGUUAAAUAUUAGCCUACACAUUUCACCAAGCUGCCGUCUUUUAAGACUGUUUGACGUUGCUCUGGUCUGGAUAAUACAUAUUUGCCACCUCUGGCAAAAUCGGUUUCACUUUACAGAACUGACGGACUGCUUUUACUAUAAAACAUGAAAAUUUUAAAUUCAGAUGAGUUAAAAAUUGCAGAGACUACUUUAUAUGCGCAUCUGCCUAAAUCCAUAAAGGUGUAUGGAUUUGUUUUUGCUAUAAACAGACGGAAACCACACACUUUGGAGGUAUUGGUGGAUACGUGGCCAGCUUUUACCACUAUCAUUGUUCGACCAGAUCCAAAUAAUAAUCGAGCAAAGGACUUUAUGAGGAAGGUGACUCUAUACAGUACAGAUGAAGAAGUCCUGAGAAGAAUGCUGACUAUGGAAAAUGCAAUUGACUGGAGUACAUACUUCUUAGUAGGAGGAUGUGAUCUACGUCAUUCACCAAUGCUGAAGGAAAUUGCUGCUUCUAGGGGUGUCACUAUGAAAGGGUUCUCUUUAGUGCACCUUAUGAUAUUAACUGAUUCCAGUCAUUUACCUGAGCUCAUUACCAGUGACCUUGAGACCAGAGUGUCUGUCCUGAAUGAGUCACAUGCCGAUGUAGUUAACAAGACUUGGAAAUUUGGUGGGGAUGACAAAGGUUACAGGAACAUCCUGAAUCUCAUCAGCCAUUUCCCCACAUGCUGCAUAACAGAUGAGAACAACCAGCCUGUGUCCUGGGUACUGUUGUAUGAUUACUGUGCCAUAGGAAUGUUGUACACUCUACCAGAGCAUCGUGGGAAGGGAUAUGCCAAAACCCUGGUCACUACAAUGGCGAAGAAGCUUCAUUCUCAGGGUUAUCCUGUGUACUGUUUCAUUGAAGAAUGCAAUCAGCUUUCCUACAAACUUUUUACAAGCCUUGGUUUUACAGAGGACCCUUCUUAUAGGGCUGCCUGGUACGAAUUCAUUUGUUAGAGUAAAUACUCACCACUACUCCUGUUUGAACAUCAUCAUGAAAUCAAAAUGAACAAUUCUAUUUUUUAAUGCACUUCUGCAUUGUUUAUUAUAAAUUAAUUAGUUCAUUAUUUUCACAUCAUUAUUUUUUGAAAAUUCAAGUGCCCAUGUAAUCUUUAAUCAAAAACUUCAACUUUCCUUCGCCCUCACGACUGAUUACGUGAAGGUUCAGUCACAUAUAAAAAGAUCUAUUUUAUACACAGUUGUAAUAUUAUACAUUUUGAUGAUGACAUUGUGAUCUAGAACUAAAAUGUUUUAUGAAUGAAGGUCAACCCACCAAACCUGGGUAAUGACACUACUUAUUAGAGGAAAUCUGUGUUAAGUUGAGUUAUUGGAGAAUGCUUGAGCAAUUUUCAUUUUAAAUAAAAAAGAAUGAACAUAAAUACAUUAAUAUUUUAAUGAUGUAAAAUAAUUCUAAAAACAAAAUGUCUGUUGCCAAAUUUGUGGCUGCAGUAGCAUCAUAAUUUUGUGGGGGAAAUCCUAUUUAAUUUUAUUUGUAAAGUGGGAUUCUCAAUGCUAGGGCUUCCUCAAAUUAUUAUUAUUUUUUUUUUUAAUGGGACCAGUAAAAUAAUAUUUCCUGCAUCUGGAGACAAAGGUAAAAUCACUAUUAUUGAACCCACUGGCACACCUUACCACACAGCUACAAUUUUGGGGGAAAUCCAUUUUAUUUUAUAUUUUCCUAAUUUAUAGCUAAUCUUUAGUGAAAAAUACACAUGGUUCUAAUUCACCAACAAGAAUUACGUUUCUUUUUUUUUUCUAGACCUGCUUAAACUUGCUUUGACACAGAAUUUUAUCUGUCAUGUAGCAGACAUGCACAUAAUGAUCAUAUAUGUAUAUAUAAAAUUAUUCUAAUUAAAGAUUGUUUACAAAAUAAAUAAAUGAAGAAACGAUUCCA